UUUCAAAACGUGUUUAUGUUGAACCUACGAUCAGGUUGUGUUUUUUCCUCUCAUUUACAAUGGAUAUCGUAAAGGAAAUAUUAGACAAACAACAGCAAACCCUCCAAAAAUAUAAGCCAAUCACUGUGCAAAAAUCGUUGGAUCCGACGAUCGAUGCUGGCCAUUUGCUGGUGAGCGAUCCGAACUACUUCGACGAUGAACAGAUGAAAGCGGAUCGCGAAAAGUACGUGCUGGACCUGACCCGCGACAACGUGCAGCUGCUGAUUAACGACGUCUGGCAGCUGCCGACGGAGCGUGUUGAUGAAUCGAUCGUUGCUAAGUUACCACCGCCGAAGACCUUGCUGCCCCGCUCACGAAAGCUCCCCGUGCCCAAACCGCUCACCAAGUGGGAGGAAUUCGCCAAAAAGAAGGGCAUCAAAAAGCGAACGCGCGAAAAGAAGGUGUUCGAUCCGGUGCUGGACAAAUGGGUACCGACAUAUGGCUACCAGCGGUACAAGGCGGAAAAGGAGCGGGACUGGGCGCUGGAUGUGCCACAGAACGAUCCGUAUCGGGACAUGUUCAAAGAGAAGCGCGAUUUACGGAUCGAGCGCGUGGCUAAGAACGAGGUGGCUCGUAUGAAGAAUAUCGCCCGCGCGAAGAAAAUUGCCGUUCCGCGAACCGGAUUUGUCGGACCCGAGUCGGCCUCGGCGAAACAGUUAAUCACGGCCUCUAACAUCGUCAAAGCUUCGACGGCUUCCGUGGGAGUGUUCCAGGAGUCGCUUCCGAACGAAAAACAGGCCCGUGGCAUCGGCGUUAAGGAGCUGCUGCCGGGAGUGAAUCGCAAAAAGAAAACGUCCUCGAUGGCGGGCGAAAAGCGGCGCAACAUGGAAAUCGUGACGAAAGUUCUUAACAAAAAGCCGAAGAUUGAUAUCGAUCGCGCCAUUUCGCUGCAGAAGGCGGAAGCUAGGGCAGAGUACGUACCUUUCCUUUGCCGGAAAAAACCGUGGUACAGUUGGGACAGCUCUUGGAUUGAUUUACUCCCUUUUUUCUCUCAUUCUUGUCCUUGCAGACGCGAAGCCGACGAAGGUGUUGCGGCAGACGGAAAAAAAUCGAAAAAGGGUGGCAAAAAGUCGAAAGCAAGCUUCAGCCGCAAAAAGCCAAAGGGCGGCCAGGGCAAACGGAAUCACAGUAAGCGAACGGUUGGCCGCAAACGCCGUUAAAACUAGGGUUAACUUUGUAACGCAACAUACCUUGAAUAUAUUGAAAUACACCACUCAU